UCUCUCUGUCUCUGCCUUGAGUUAACAUUCCCGUGAGUUCACCCUUCCGCAGCUAGAGAAAGGAGAGCGCAGAUACCACAAGCCACCCGGAGGCGGCACCAGUGCGCCUUUCCACACUCACACACACUCACUCUCACAACUUUGUUGUGGAGGUUGCAUUAUGCAAACGUCUGUGUUUUCCCAGCCACCUGAUAUGUUCUUCAGUGCGGCUCAGAGACUUGACUCAGAAGCAGUGAGUGAAUGAGUGAGAGAGAGAGAGAGAGAGAGGAGGCUUCCCCUUUUUCAAAGUCAAGGUUUUAGCCACUUAUCACUGGCAAACCAGAGAAACCUUGUCGACAAGCAGAAGGCAGAGAAGGCUUGUGCUGCGGCUCAUGCUGAACAUCUAUCUACCUGCGAGAGGUGGUGGCAGUCUGUUGUUCCUUCAUCCACAGGCUUAUCACUUUGGAUGAACUGAAGCUGAGCGUUGCGUGCCACGGAGAUAUACUUGUGACGCUUCCUUUCUGUGGCUUCUGUCACUGAGAAAUGUUAUCCCAUUUUAUCUUUCGCUGUGUAUUUUGCUGGUAGAAGGUAUUCUUCAGCGCGUCGCCUCUGCAAAGUUAGUCUCGCAGGGCUCUCCUUGACAAGCAGCUGUGGUCACUGAAAGGUCUAAAGACUCCUGGUUCUUUGUAAUCGCUGGCUCCAGUUGCCAUGGGUCACCUUCUGGCUACCUGGUCCCUGGUCCUUUCCCUGUGGAGCUUCACUACAAGAGGUCAGCAGCAGAAUGCCCCCCGGGUUUAUCUCAGCUUUAAAGAGCUACAGCAAUCAAACACAGCACGGCACUACAACCUCCUGCAAAACACCACCGACUACCGCAUCCUGCUAAUGGAUGAAGAUCACGACCGCAUGUACGUGGGCACCAAGGACUACAUUGUCUCCCUGGACCUGCACAACAUCAACCGGGAACCUUUAUUAAUUCACUGGUCUGUCAGUCAGCAGAGACGUGACGAGUGCAUUCUUUCUGGUAAAGAUGAGAACGGUGAGUGUGCAAACUUCAUCUGCCUCAUUGAGCCGUGGAACCGUACACACCUGUAUGUGUGUGGGACUGGAGCUUAUCAUCCUAUUUGCACUUACAUCAACAGAGGACGCAAGGCAGAGGAUUACAUCUUCCAUCUGGAGCCAGGAAAGGUUGAAUCAGGCAAGGGCAAGUGUUCCUAUGACCCCAAGUUCAGCAGCGUGUCAUCGUUAAUUAACGGUGAGCUCUACGCGGGCGUCUACCUCGACUUCAUGGGAACGGACGCGGCCAUCUUCCGCACCAUGGGCCAUCAAACGGCCAUGAGGACUGACCAGUACAACUCCCGCUGGUUGCACGAUCCAGCGUUCAUCCGAGCCCAGUUGAUCCCAGAUAGCGGCGAAAAGAAUGACGAUAAACUUUACUUUUUCUUCCGAGAGAAGUCAAUCGACUCUGGCAACUCAGCCGUUCACUCGAGAAUAGGAAGGAUCUGCCUGAAUGAUGAUGGGGGUCACUGCUGCCUUGUCAAUAAAUGGAGCACAUUCCUCAAAGCCCGGCUCAUCUGCUCAGUACCAGGCCCUGAUGGAAUCGAAACGCACUUUGAUGAACUCCAGGACAUCUUCAUUCAACAGACCCAAGACAUAAAGAACCCGAUCAUCUACGCUGCAUUCACAGCCUCGGGAUCAGUAUUUAAAGGGUCGGCUGUGUGUGUGUACUCAAUGACCGACAUCCGUACGGUCUUCAACGGGCCCUUCGCCCACAAGGAAGGGCCGAAUUACCAGUGGAUGCCUUACACGAAGAAGAUACCGUACCCCAGGCCCGGCACCUGUCCCGGCGGCACCUUUACACCUUUAAUGAAAUCUACAAAAGAUUAUCCGGACGAAGUGAUUAACUUCAUGAGGAACCAUCCCACCAUGUACAAUGUCAUCUAUCCAGUGCACAAGCGACCUCUGGUGGUCAGGACCAACGUGGACUAUGAAUUCACCACCAUUGCCGUGGACCAGGUGGAUGCAGCAGAUGGACGAUAUGAGGUGCUUUUCCUCGGCACAGAUCGGGGGACAGUGCAGAAAGUCAUCGUGUUGCCCAAGGAUGACAUGGAAACUGAAGAACUGAUGCUUGAAGAGGUCGAGGUUUUCAAGACGCCGACACAAUUGAGGACAAUGAAGAUCUCUUCCAAAAGGCAACAGUUGUAUGUCGGCUCUGCCUUGGGCAUUACGCAGGUUACCCUUCACCGCUGCGAUGUUUACGGAGAGGCCUGUGCUGACUGCUGCCUUGCUAGAGACCCAUACUGUGCUUGGGACGGCAAUGCUUGUUCCAGAUAUUUGGCAUCGUCCAAGAGGCGAAGCCGGAGGCAAGACGUGCGGCAUGGCAACCCGAUCCGGCAAUGCCGAGGCUACAACUCCAACGCUAACAGGAAAACGGUGGAGACGGAGCAGUAUGGUGUGGAAGGCAGUAGCACGUUCCUGGAGUGCCAGCCCAAAUCACCCCAGGCCAGCAUAAAGUGGGUGCUACAGCGACUUGGCAGCGACCGGAAGAAGGAGAUCAAGGUAGAUGAGCGGCUGGUAAGGACAGGCCAAGGUCUUCUCCUCCGAGCCCUGCAGAUGGCGGACGGCGGAACGUAUCAGUGCACGGCCACGGAGAACAACUUCAAGCACGUGCUGGCGCGGGUGCACCUCCGGGUACUGAACAACAACACGGUCAACGCCGUGCUCUCGCAGGGCGGGCUGUCGCCGGGCGUCGCCAACCUGCACGUUGGCAGCCCCGCCACCUCCAGGAGCCCGAACCCCGGAUACAAGGACUUGCUACAGCUCCUGAGCCAACCGGAGAUGGGACUCAUCAACCAGUACUGCGAGGACUAUUGGCAACGGCCGACCCACAUCCAGAAGGAAAACCUCAACAAGCAGCUCAAACCCAAGCCCAUCCGAGAACAGAAAAAACCCCGGAGCCGCAGAAAUUACCACACAUCCAUUCUCCAGCAAACAUGAAGCUCUGGGAGAUUAGAAUUUCUUUAAUAUAAAGUAUAACUACCCUUACAACAGACAGUAUUUAUUGUAGGCUGUAUAUAGUAUGAUAAUUCAACUUCCUUGUACUUACAACAGGCCCCAUGACAUUAUGUAUGAUAUGUAGGUACUCACAAUGGGAGCAGUAUUCUCCUGAAUUGUCCCAUAACUUUAAGGCAUUGUAAAGUAUUUUGGUUGUACCCUAUCAACUAGGUCUGUUGGUUAUUGUAGAAACAAGGGGCUGCAGAUGCUGAUUGACAAAGAAGACACAAGGUGCUGGAGAAACUCGAGUCAGCGGGGUCUGGCAGCGCCUCUGGAGAACGUGGCGUUUCGAGUCUGAAGAAGGGCCCCGGCCCGAUACAUCAACUAUCCAUGUUCUCUCGGGACGCUGCCUGAGCCACUGAGUUACUCCAGCUCUUUGUGUCUUCUUAUGGUGAUUAUUGCUUCAUCCUGCAUUGGCUGGGAAAAAAAAAAGCAGGAGCCCAGAGCUCUAAGGGGCAAAUGAGUUCAUUGUAUAAAAUGGAGAGGAUGGAUAGAUACUCAACUGGUAAGGAACGCACUCUUGACUCCUGAGCAUCUCUUUGUCUCAGCUUGGGCCAUUUUCAUGGAUAAUUCAUCCGUUUGCUCUUCCAAAAGCCUAAACUUUAAAUACUUCACCAGCUCCCUUUCCCAGAAGGGGAAUCAAAAAUACGUUCAGCCAUUACAGUUCCUAACCUAAACAGCCAAACAUCUAGACUGACCCUUCACAGCUAUAAGAUGGGACUUUUCCAUCAAUUCAUGGGAAAUCCAACCAAAACCUCAGCAUCCACUGUCCCCAUCAUUCCCGCAUCUCUGUACCACAUGGGACCGAACUCCAUAGUUACCGGGAAUAUAAACUUCUCUGCAGCAAUCUCAUCAGUUACACAGAACAUAGAACAGUCCAGCACAGGAAAGGGCCCUUCGGCCCACAUUGUUCGUGCCGAGCGUGAUGCCAAGUUAAACUGAUCUAAUCUGCCUGCACAUGAACCAUAUCCCUCUAUUCCCUGCACUUCCAUGUGCCUAUCUAAAAGCUUCUUAAACACCACUAUCAUAUCUCCACCCUUGGCAAUGCGUUCCAGGCCCCCACUACUCUCUGUGUAAAAAAAAAACCUGCCCCGCACAUCUCCAUUAAACAUGCCGCCUCCCACCUUAUAGCUAAACCCUCUAGCAUUAGACAUUUCCACCAUGGGGGAAAAGGCUCUGACUGCCCACUCUAUCUAUGCCUCUCAUCAUUUUAGAUAGCUCUAUCAAGUCUCCCCUCAACCUCCAAAGUUCCGGAGACCCUCGAAUGCUCCAGCAGUGCUGGAGAAGGUGGGGGAUGUGGGGUGCGGGAAGGGGGGAAAAGUGGUUGGAUCAUGGCCAAUAUCUCAACAAUAAGAUAACGUUUCGAUCCAGAGGCUUAAAAGAAAUAGGAGACAAGGAGCCAUAAACCGAAAUCCUCCAAAAUAGAAUGGAUAUACUGUACAGACGCUCCCCAACUUACGUACCGGGUUAUAUCCAGCAGACCCUUUCAUAAGCUAGAUGUUAGGUAAGUCGGAAAUGGAAGUGCUACUGCGCACACAUAAAUAAACUAUUCAUACUGUAUAGUACCAGUUGGAGACCACAAGGGAGCUCAACGCAGAGUCAACAUGGGAGCUCCAACGUGGAGACUACAGGAUAGCUCUGAUGCAGGGACCAUGGGGGAGCUCCAACGUGGAGACCACAGGGUAGCUCCGAUGCAGGGACCACGGGAGAGCACCAAUGCAGGGACCACGGGGGAGCUCCGACGUGGAGACCACGGGGGGAGCACAGAUACAGGGACCACAGGUUUCGUAAGUCGGGGAGUGCCUGUGAUAUCGCAAAAUAUUUCCCUCUAUCUCCUAAUGCAGCGGAGAGCAGACACAGUUCCUGUUCGGAAACAUCACAUAGAGAAGCUGAAUGCUGAUCAUAGUUCCUUGGCUAAAUUGCACAGGAUCACAGACAAUGCACAGCUCAAGAGUAUCUCACUGUCCGUGCAGGCAUUUCAUGCCCUAUGUAGACCUCCUCACGCAUCCUGGCAGUAUUAUGGAAGAAAACACACAAAGGAUUGGGAAUUUCCAAGCAGAAAUAUGGUAUCAGUGACAAAUGUACAGACUCUAGAGCAUUAAGUUAUCAUGCCUCAAUUCAGGUGAAUAGGAAGCUUCUUUAACAAUUAUUCAGUCUCACCUGUAGAUUUUUUUAAAACUUGCAUUGUAUUUUAUAUUAGAAUGCAUUAAUAGUCUACACUCAGACUGCUCUUUGAUUUUACUUACUGUCAUAAAUGAAAUAGCUUUGGAAGAAAAGGAUGUAUAAUUUGUUAAAGUUGGUCAUGUUUUUUUUCUAAAUGAAUUUUUUUGUUGUUGGUGCCGUUACUUUUAUUAAAAGAACAUUAAAAAAAAAA